AACACGCGGAAGCCUUCUCACCUGGUGCAUCAAGCCAGCUCUCUGCCGACUCCCACCACCACCCAAUAGCUCCGUCCACGGCCGUCGACCAGUCGACCACAACCGCCACGAUGCCUCUCGAAGCGGUCAUGAUUGUUGUCGACAACAGCGAAAGUAGUCGCAACGGAGACUAUGCGCCCAACCGGUUCGACGCCCAGGCCGACGCCAUCAACAUCAUCUUCGACCACAUCACAAACUCCAACCCGGAAUCGUCCGUCGGCCUCAUGAGCAUGGGCGGCAAGGGUCCCGAGGUGCUAUCCACACUUACCACAGAGAGAGGCAACCUGCUCGAAGGCAUCCACCGGACAAGGAAGAAGAUCUCUGGCUCGGCACACCUCGCCACGGGCAUUCAGAUUGCUAGUCUCGCUCUCAAGCAUCGUCAGAACAAGUCACAACGCCAGCGCAUCAUUGUGUUUGUAUGCUCGCCCAUCCUCGACGACGAGAAGAAGCUUGUAUCGCUAGCGAAGAAGAUGAAGAAGGGCAAUCUCGACAUCGACUUUGUCCUGUUCGGCGAGAUUGAGGACGACGUGCAGAAGAAGCUGGAGGCUUUCAACAACGCCGUCAAGGGCAACAAUGACAGCUCACAUCUUGUCGUUAUCCCGCCGAGCGGACAGCUCCUAAGCGACCAGCUGAUCUCGACAGAGAUUGUCAUGGGUGAGGCUGCUGCCGGCGGCUCUGGCGGCGGCGGAGAUGCCGGUGGUGACUACGGUGGCUUCGACUUUGACCCCAGCGCCGACCCCGAGCUGGCUCUCGCCUUGCGCAUGAGUAUGGAGGAGGAGAACGCCAGACAGGCCAGGCAAGCCCAAACAGAGGCCAACGCGGCAGGCAAGACGGAGCUGGAAGGCAUCGCUGAGGAGGACGGCGAGAGGCAGCCACUGCUGGACAACCAGGGCGAGCCCAGCGGCAGCAAGAAGGACAAGAAAGACGACAGCGAUAAGAUGGAUACAUCAUAGUAGAUGAAAAUCCGCGAUAGACGCAUGCGAUGCGCGAUUCUCAACCACGACACUACUUGUAGAGUAAAGCAAUAGACCCAAAAAUCUGGGGUACCGCGACAAAUGCAGAGCGCACGCUUGCUGCAGUAAACUAUUUUUUU